AUGCCUGGCUUUCAUAACGAGUCUUCCACUCGCUCAUCCAUGCUUCCGUUCAAACCCUUCUCAACGAAAUUAUUACAAGAAAUUAAAUUGACCUUUACAGCGCAAGUGUGGGCUCUCAUCUUUUCAUAUUUACCUCAUGAAGAUAUUUAUUUUGGAAUUGGUUGUGUGUGUCGGAAGUGGAAAGCACAAUUUAUGGAUCCAUUGAUUUUGAGUGGGAUACUCCAAACAGAGCCUGCUGCUGACUCAUCAUCCAUGAUAAUUACCAAUGAAAACAAGAAAAAGAAUCAAUCAUCUACGGAGUGGAAUCAACAACCAUUUUUACGGAAACGCCAAUUUAUUGAACGUUUCAAAUUAUUGAUACGAAAUUACAUGUUGAGUGAUUUGGCACAAUUGCUACGAUACUCUUCGGAGCAUGCAGCAUUUGAAGUUUUGAGUGGCGAGAGUGAGAAUGAGGAAAUUUCGUUAGCCAUGACGACCCAAAGUUUGAAACAACGAACUUUGGACAUUCAAAAUUUGGAUGUUCUCUCGUCUAAAGUGAGAAGCAGUCUCAUUAAAUCAGUUGGAGACGAUCGAUCGAACUCGGACGCAUUUGGGGGUGUGACUGUGAAACCUGUCACCACCUCAACAAGCUUCACCUUGGCAAUUGAUGAAACCAAUGGAAAUGAAAAGACAAGCUUGUUACAUUCGUACAAGAAGGUUCGGGUGUCAAACUUUGAAAUUCAAGAGCCAGCCGUGAACGACUUGCUAAAGACUCGAUGGAAUCAUUACUUUUCAAGAUUUUCGUGGAAUCACAUCAACCCAAUCUCUCACAUUACUGACGUUCAUGAUGACAUGGCACAAAGCCAAACCAAUUCAAGUGGAUUUGGUAAAAUUAUUCAAUCUAUUAUGAACAUGUUCGGAUGCAGUAUGGAAAAUGAUCUAGCUUUGAGUGCGCAUUCCUCUCUCAUGCAAUCCUCACUCGACAGCAGCCAUCAAGAUAAAAACUUUACCACAUUGAAAAUUUCCUUAUUUAUUAAUGGGGAAUUUGCAAACUUUAUUGCUGAAGGUUAUAAUGAAGUGGGUUUCGAUUUCAUGGAGAGAAGCUUCAAGCUUGGAAACAUGAAGUAUUUAUGCAAACUGAAUUUAUGUGGCGGAGGCAAGCGUUUUUUAAGUGGUGGUUUAGCACAAACUAAGAAUUCAGAUUUUAUCAUUUUGUGCUGCUCCAACCCUGAAAAAGAUUUGGAAAUGUAUCAAGAGUACUUUGACACUUAUGGAACUAAUAUCACGUGUGAAUAUUUGAUGGUCCAUUUGAAACAACCUUCAACCAGUACUAAUACCAAUGCCUUGAAAAAGUUGGCUCAAUACGCCAACCAUACUCUCAUGUCACCAUGCAUUUCACUGGAGAGGCAAACUUUUACAUCGAACAUUGCAAUUCUUUAUUGUCUAUUUUUGCAUUAUUGCCUCAAAAAUCAUACGUUUUGUAAGGAAAAGCGACAUUAA